CUGGGAUGUCAUAGCACGAUUCCAGGCAGAGGGACCUGACUGUUGAAAGUCAUAGAAAUAUAUGUAAGCAGGAUCAUGGGGAUCAUUAAGUAUACUGACAUGAAGGGUUAAUGUCAAGGAGUGGCAGAAGACUGGAGAAACUGGCAGGAAUCAGACCGUGAAGAAUCUCUGGUGCCAGCUAAGGAGUUUGAACUCUGCCUGAAAGCAGUAAGAAUGUUAAGCAGCAUGUAAUUUGCAUUCAGGAGGAUCAGUCUGGAGCUUUGCUCAGCACAGAUUGGACGGGGGCCAGGCUGGCAGCGGGAACAUCAGUUAAGGAUGCUAUUACACUAAACUGAGCAAAUAGUGAGGAGAGCCUAAAUAAAGCAGCAACUGUAGACAUGGAGAGGAUGAGUUAGAAAAUGAUAAAAGAGGUACUACAAAUUCAGUGACUGGUUGUGUAGGAGAGUAGGAUGAAUAAGAAAGAGAGGUCAAGGAUGGCUCCCAGAUUUCUGGCUUGGGAAACUGUAUUGAUGGUGAUUUUAACUGUGAAUACAGGAGGAGGAGGGAAAGACAAAUGGAUUUUUCAAGCAGAGUUGUUCACUAGAUAGUUGGACAUGCAUCGGUCUUAAAUGGCAACUCAUUCUAUAAUUCCCUCCUAGCCUAUAGCCUCUUCUCUAGAACUUGCAUCUCUCCACCGAUCUUUGCUUAAAGAGUAGGCUUCAGUGGCCAUAUUUACAUCCCUACUUCCAACCCAUUUCAUGCACAACUGACUGAAUGAGGAAUACACGUAACUAACUUCAGAGAGGAGGGCACAGCCUAUUGGGGAAAAGUUCAUUUAGAAGACAUACUUCACCAUCUUGAGAAAGAAGGAAUUGAACCUGGCAACUACAGAAGGACAAUUCCAUUUGUCUGGUACUUAUUCUAGCACAGUGAAGACAGACUGAGGACUGCUUCCAGAAAUGUAGAAGAGCUUACAAGGAAGCACAUGGAAGAAACGAAAGAAGUGGAAAAUUAUCCAAACCAUGUCUGUAACUUAACAGAGGGAAGAGAAGCAUUUUCUCAUGGUUAUGAAAAGGAAAACGAACAGCUUAGACAUGAGUUUAAAGCGCUCCAACUCAAACAGGAAGCCCAAAGAAAGGAAGUUGAAGAAAUGUUGUAUCAAGAAGGUUUGUCCAAAAUAGCUCUGAGCAGCCCCAGUGAACAGAUUGCAUACUUGCUGGUGGAGAGAAGUACACUCUUAAGGAAAUUGCAACUUGUGGACUCCAAGCCAGAGUCACAAAGACGUAUGAGCAGUCACCUACAGAAAGAAUUUUCCCAGUCUCAUAAUGAAGACCUGGAAAAAGAUAAAACAUCACAAAACUGCCUAGAGAAAGAUGUACAAGUAGCAAAGAAGUUAGAGAUAGCCCACGAAGAGAUCCAAAGGCUCACUGAGGAACUACAAGUGAAGGAGAAAGAACAGAGUGAAUCAGAUUCUGCACUUGAGAAGGCUCAACUAGAAAUUGAGAAACUGAAAGAAAAUUUAAUAAAGCUGAAAGAAAACGAUGCAAUUGACCUACAGAAAGCAAAGGAACAUAAUCAGAGACUGGAUGAGGAAAUUCUGGCUUUAAGAAAUCGGGUUCGAUCGCUUGACUCAGAAAAAAAGGUGCUUGGUGAAAUGGUUGAAAGACUUAAAGGAGAGAUGUGUGAAUCUCAAGAGAACAAGCAACUUGGAAACCACUCUCCUGGAAGAACUGUGGGUACUGAACAAAGAGUACAGUAUCCAGCAUCUGGAGAAAAACUAGAAGACAAGCAGAAAGAGGAAGUUCAGCAACUUCGCCAGAAUUUGCACCGGCUCCAGGUUCUGUGCAACUCAGCUGAAAAAGAGCUUCGAUAUGAGCGAGGAAAGAGCUUGGACUUAAAGCAACAUAAUAGCUUACUUCAGGAAGAAAGCAUUAAGAUAAAAAUUGAACUAAAGCAUGCCCAGGAAAAGUUAUUAGACAGUACAAAGAUGUGCUCUUCACUCACGGCAGAGUGGAAGCACAGUCAGCAGAAAAUCAAGGAACUGGAGCUGGAAGUACUUAAACAGACUCAGAGCAUUAAAUCACAGAACAACCUGCAGGAAAAGCUGGCUCAGGAGAAAUCUAAAGUUGCUGAUGCAGAGGAAAAGAUUUUGGACCUGCAGCAGAAAUUAGAAAAUGUUCAUAAAGUCUGUCUCACAGAUAGUUGUAUGUUGGGAAGGAAACAACUAGAGGAAAAGAUAAAAGAAGCAACAGAAAAUGAAGCCAAAAUAAAGCAGCAAUAUCAGGAAGAACAACAGAAGAGGGAACUCCUGGAUCAGAACGUAAAUGAGUUACACAGGCAAGUGAGAACAUUACAAAAUAAAGAAAAUCUACUGAAAAUAACCUGUUCUCAGCAGCAAUCCAGGAUUCAGGAACAAGAGAUCCUCCUUACACAACUGGAAAAUGAGAAAAGAAAAUAUGAUGAGCAUAUCCAGAGCAAUAAGGAAUUGUCAGAGAAGUUGUCUGGGUUACAGCAAGAAAAGGAAGCUCUACAUGAAGAAUAUGGGCAAUUUUUGAAGCAGCUUGAUGUCCAUGUGAGAAACUACAAUGAGAGACAUCACCAGCACAAAGCCAAGCUUCGAAAAGUCAAGGAUCAUUUAACUCAUGAAGUGGAACUACGAGAUGAGAGAAUUGAACAACUUGAAAGAGAAAUUGGAACACUGCAGCAACAAGUGGAAAAGGAGAAGGCAUUCCAGGACCAGAUCACUACCCAAAAUGAUAUCCUGCUUCUAGAGAAAAGGAGACUUCUGGAGCAACUCACAGAGCAAGAAGAAUUGAUCCGCAGCAAAAAAUGGAUGCUAUCUUCAAUCCAGAGCAGAGUACUUUUCCUGGAUAAAGAAAAUAAACAAUUACAGGAAAAUAGUCUCCGUUUGACGCAGCACAUUGGCCUGUUAGAGCGAAUCAUAAGGAGCAUCCAGAUUCGCAGAGGAGAGGAAACAAUUAGUGACAUUCCUGAAUUUGAAGCACUUAAUAAAAUACUGCUUUUACCAUAUUCCAGUUUUUCAGGAACAGAUUUGGUAGAGGCAGUUGCAAGUCUUCAAGAGGUUAAAGAACCUAAGUCAGAAGAAGCAAAGCCAAUCCCAAAGUCCCCCGAGUCUGUUUCCCGUUCACAAAAUUCCAAGGCUGGAUACAUAAAUGUGGCUUCUCUGAAAGAGACACACAACAUACGAGAACAAGACCAAAAGUCAUAACUAUAAAACCACUGAUGUCUAAAACUAUCCUGAUCAAAGUGGCUAACUUAAAGCUUGGACACAAAGGCGGACCAUGACAUGGAGAAGAGUUACCAUAGAUCCCCACUCCACAUCAACCAGGAGUCUUCCAAAUUGCUGAUGAAUUCAUUAAAGUGGAUUUCUCAAGUUC